UCAUUGUCACAAAGCAUUCGAUUUCGGUGCUCGCAUCGGGCAAAGGCAGGUUGGAUUUCGGGCGGCGAAGGAGUUAAAAAUAAUAAGUAAAGUUUAGUGAUAUAUUUAGUUGCAAUCUCCCAGUGGCUAUCAAAUUUAUGCAAAGUGACAAUUUGUUUGCCAAAGGUCCCUAGAAGUCUGAAAAUUUGUGAUAAAAGUCGCACCGUGAAAACGUCUUUGUUAAUUCCCAUCUAAAGGCUCAAAAGUGUUUUGUUAAUUAACACAGUGCGGGAGGGCUUUGACCUCCUUUAGAAUGAUCUGCUAAUUACAAUCACUAUCUAGAGAAAUCAUAACGAAUUUAACGUACUUUCCCCAGACAAUGAUGAGUAAUUUCAGUUGACGUGGGUUCGCGAUCCGACGGAAAGUCCGGCCGUAAAUAGCUUUGCCACUCAGAUUUGUUUAUUGACCAAAAUCGCGGAUGACUCAAAACGCAGUGAUUGCUUCUGACAGUCAAUAGUAAAUUCGGUAUUCUGAAAGGUGUGAAUUCGAGUGCAAUAAAUUAGGACACGAUGCAGAAGAGUGGCUUGAAACGGGCCCCUGCCCCGCCGGCUACGGGGCCCUGUCGCGGCCCCGGCAUGCUUCCUUCGCCCCAAGCGCAUCAGCAGAAGAAUGUUAUUAAUUCGAUUAUGAGCAUUUUGCCGGACAAUCGACCUAUAACAUCGCUGCAGAUAGUAGAAGAUAGCGACAAAUGCCCAAGAAAUUUCACUGUAAUAAAUCGAACCUAUGAUCAGGAUUCCGAUGCAGAUUUAUGGCGUGAAAACAACAUUUUAUUUGGCAAACAAACCUCGAGAUACCUCUGUCUUUCAAAAAUUGAAGGUCUUCCUGAUUACGUAGUAGAAACGUUGAAAAUAAUAUCCGAGAAAGAGCAUGCACCAAAAGAGUUUUCCCUUUUAUCAAGAACAGCCGACACAGAACAGAAGGCCUGGCGCAAAAGGCAAAUUGCCUAUAAACUUUCAAAACGGGGAUCAGUUUCACAUGCAAUUACGGAUAUCAUUGUCUGCUCAAAAUUAAAAGUGGCACCUGAGGGGUUUAUUAUGGCGGGGGAUAUCAACGGUAUAUUGAUAUGCUAUAAGACAGCUCCAUUACCAACACGCGUGCCACCUCCAAUACCCACUGCCAAAUUGAACUUAAAUGACUUGCAGACAGCCAUAGACAAGAUCAGCUUCCACAAGAAACCCGAUUUCAAGGACUCCGCGAUAACGGAUCAUGAAUAUGAGGAGAUAUCAGCAUAUCAGCACGCAGCAUCUCCAAAGCGGCACACACAUAUACCUCCGGCCUCCUUAGCUGGUACUUUAGGAGCUUAUUCGGAAAUAGAAGGUGUUCCGUUCAUGCUAAAUCCCAACUUGAGCCAAAAUUUCACAAUGCCAACUCUACCAACUAUUCCAUCCACGUCCGAUCUCAACUACGACUUUCAACUAGAACGACAAAUCCUAUGCACAACAAAAUCUGAUAAUUCCAAUCUGAAAAAUCCUUUCUUUCGAUAAGACUUUGCUGAGAUUUUGAGUGGCAAUCAAACAGUUAGAAUUGCCCUUGAUAUGUAUAUUAUAAUAAUUAUGUAUAAAACAAUCAUUUCGUUAGCCUUUUUAAGUUUUCUUAGUAGGGAGGUCAAUUGGGCUACGUUUAAGCCAAUUUACUAUAGACUGCCAUAUGAGGGGUUCUUGGGAGGAACAAAUAUAUAGAGAAGUUUGUUAAUGAAUAGUUUUUAUGUAAACGAUACCAUUAAAGUAUUUUACGACGCCAUUUAUAUGAAUUGAUUGUUCUAAUUAUUAUAAAAUGUAGAUUUCGAAGUGAGAAUUAUAUAAACCCAAUACAUAUACGAGUAAAACUAUCAUAAUGGAAUAACCUGAGUGACAUAGACACAUAUUUUCUAAGUUAGUCACUUGACUUUUCUUUGAUUUUCGUGAAAUGUCUCCCGUGCAGCGUAUAGAAUUGAAACGGUUUAUUUUUUAGUAUGACGGACAAACGUUUGCCUUACAAUGUGAAUACAAACGAAAGGUUUAUAGAAGCGAAUUUAGAGAGAAAUGAUGUAACGUGUGCACUUGUAACUCGAAAGCAAACAUUUUUAAAAUGAAGCUAAAUAUAUUGAACAAUUAAUAUUGACUUUUAUCGAAA